UCGGAGUACAGCGUGGCUCAGUUGCUAGGCAACGAGCUCCAGAAACAAUCGACCGCGGUGAUAUGGAGAUAGAAAUCCAACCGUAAACUUUAAAAACGAUAAAUGUUCAUAAAAAUGACGACUACGUUUAUGGCAGAGGGGCUCACGCCCCAUCUCAAUGAUCAAAUCACUCAGCUACAGCGAAAAAAUCAACUUCUGGAGGGAGACAAAAACGCGUAUUUAGAAAGCUCUCAAACUGCAAUCAAGACGACUAGAGACACCGUCAUACAGCUCAGACAGGAAAAUAAAGAUCUGCACAAGAAGCUGGCAAAGUCCCUUGCUGGAGAUGAACAGGUUAUCAGAGAGGCCUUUCAGAGCUAUGGGGUGGAGAGAGCCGCUUUCUCAAACAUGUCCGGAAAGGCCGCUCAGACGGUGCUGGAUCAGAAGGUAUGUGAUAAAAUGAAGAAGCUCAACGCUCUGAAACACACCACUCAGACACACCGACGCCAUUUAGACAAACUGAAGCUACAGAAUCAAAACUUGAUGCCAGCCAGCAGCGGCUCUCAGCCCCAUGUCCAGAAACCAGAAGAGGAGGACAAGAAAGAAGGGGACUCCGCCGAUCAAUUUCCCCAAAAGACAUUACGCAUACUGGAAAACCGUUUGGAGAAAGCUCAACUGAAAUGCCAUGAAGCGGAGCACAUCAUGCGGGGAUACCACAAACUGAAAGAGCACCUGCAGGAGGAGAGUCUGACAUUUCAUUCUCAGCUGGACCAGCUGGAGGCAGAUAUCCAGCAACAAACACAAGAACUCAAAGAACUGAAGGUCAUGAACAGUGACCCUCAGCUUUCUAGAGAGUCUGCUAAGGCUGAGCUCCAGCUUCAGGAGGAGCAGGUGUACAGAGAGCGCAGAGAGAGAGAGAAAAUCCUUUCCCACUAUAAGAGGCAGGCGGAGGAGAUGAAGGCUCACGCAGAAAGGAUGGAGAGAAGACCCCAGCGGGCACCCAUGCACCCUGAUGAGAUGGGCAGCGAGGCCCAGCGCAGUGCCACUGGAGUCGGGGAGGAAGAGGAAACCAUGUCUGAGUUCGAGGAAGCUUACCAGCGCAUCAAAGAUGCCAUCGGGGUCACCGACACACAGGAAAUAGUGCACAGAUUUAUCUCUCAGGAAGAAAGUCAGAAACAUCUGGAGAACAUGAAGGCAGAAAAUGAGAGAACUCUUGUUCAGCUCAACGAAGAGAAAAAUGAGCUGCAGAAACACUUUCAGGAUAUGAAAUACUCAGGAGAAAGUAAACUCUCAAGUGAGCAGCAGGUGCUGGAGGAAUGUGAGCGUCAUCUUCAGGACGAGCAGAAGCAUCUGGAUGCGGCUAAAGAUCGUCUGGAGUGGCUCACGCGUACACUCGGCUCCGUCAGGGCUGGAGUUCAGCAUCUCGCCGACAAACUGCAGCAUAUGCCGCUGGACCCGGGACCCCAACUGACCCCAGACUCAGAAGAAUAUGUGCUGCAACUGCUGUCUGACGGCGAACAAAAAAUGAUGCUGCUAAAGGAGGAUCUGCAGGGAAAAGAUCUGGCAACCGUCAUGAAAGAGAUGGAAGAAAAUGAGUUUCAAGCCAGUAUGGAAGAGAAACUGCCCCAGCAAAACACACGGAUUCAGUUGCCCGAGGCUCAGAAACUGGACCUCUUUGAUGAUGAGAAGGAAAGAGGCGAGGACGAGGGUGAUGUCAUCACGCGUGCCACCCUGAAGCACCAGUCGCAGCUGAUACUCGACGCAAAGACCAAGAGGAGGACACGUGUUAAAAAGAGCAAGGACAAAAGAUAACAUCUGAGAUAACGUCUCAGCAAAAAAUCUGAAAAAUGUUGUGAGGAAAAUCAAGAACCUGUGUGCUCCAAAUGCACAGUAGCUCUCAGUACAUUCCUACUGUUGAUUUAAUUCAUGAUUUAUUAUCAACACAAAUGCAAAAUAGUCUGACAUCCUUUAAUUCUCAGAUCUCAAAUGUUUUGUCAUAACAGAUGACAAUUAUCUUUGUUAAAAAACAAUUUCCUUAGAACUGUUUCAUAACAAAACAUUUCUUUAAGAUCGAAUGAUUAUUAUCAUUCAUGUUUUUUCAGCAUAUUAAGCGGAACAGCAUUCUGAUGAUAUAUUUACCCUGUCUGACCUUGUUAUAGAACACUUCAGAUGCACUGAUGCAUGUACAGUACACCAGGGCUGACUGUGUGUGUAUUUCA